AUGUCUGCUCAACGAUUUACUGGAAAGGUGGUACUUAUCACUGGAUCCUCUAGUGGAAUCGGACAAGCCACUGCAAUUCUAUUUGCCAAAGGAGGAGCAAAAAUCGUAAUAACUGGACGGUCAGCUGAAAAUGUGGAAAAGACAAGAAAGAUGUGUAUGGCUGUUGGAGCAAAGUCAUCGGAUCUUCAUCCAACUGUUGGAGAUGUUAUGGAUGAUGGAUUCUUGACGAUUCUAGUUGAGACAGUUAUUGAUACUUUUGGAAAGCUUGACAUUCUGAUCAACAAUGCUGGAACGCUGGAAGUUGAUAUGUCUGGAAAGGAGGGAUGGGAAAUGGGUGUAGAAGUUAUGGAAAAGUCAUGGGACUCGAAUCUCCGAUCAAUCAUGGUAUUGACACAAAAAGCAAUUCCUCAUCUCAUAAAAACAAAAGGAGAUAUUGUCAACGUUUCCACUUUUCUAUCAUCUGGGCCUCUUGGUGUUCUUUCAAUGCCAUAUUACGCCGUUCCAAAGGCAGCUUUGGAUCAGAUGAGUCGAUCAAUGGCACACGAAUUCAUUCUGAAGGGUGUGCGUCUGAAUACUGUAAAUCCUGGCUUAGUGAGAACGUCGUUCUUCGCGAGACUAGUUGGUGACGAGAAUGCUAGAAAAAUGGAAAACUACGUUGCAAGCAAACCAGAAUAUAUUCCACUGGGAAGAGUUGCAACUGCUGAGGACGUUGGAGAAGCGAUACUGUUUCUCGCUGACAGAAAAGUUUCUGAAUGCAUUGUCGGGCAAAGCAUCAUAAUCGAUGGAGGCUCUCGUCUCUGUUGCAAUAUCGACAUGUCAGAUUUCAAGGAAAAAAUGUCUCAAUCUUGA